GACCUUCCGUCCUCCUCAACCGAGCACCGCUCGGACCUCUUGUUCCAGGAGGGCGAUCGAUCCUGCUCGAGUGUCAGAACUCUGGGCUCUCACUUCCCCUCAACAAGCAUCCAUUGCGCAGCAUACCACACGUCACGCAAAACCUCAAGUCGCAACGCUAGCCGCUGCGCAUCCAUUCCUUGCUAGGGCACAAGUGGUCGUCAUCGACCAGUGGUUAUUCCUUUCAUCCGCCUUUCACCCGGCCUUCCACUCAGCCUCUCAGUUAUUCGAAGGAAAUAUCGCAUCCCUUGCUCACCGUCAUGCCCCGUCCGCCGGUCCCGGGGUCCAAACGGCGGCAGCUGACAUUCGCUCAGCUUGCUGCCUAUGAUGACAUUGCUACCGACGCGCUUAUCGAUCAUGCCUACUAUUGGACAGCAGUUCCUAAGAAUAAGCCAUCAUAUCGUCCUUCUCGCGGAGUCCAUGAGGAGGAAAUUACCCACAUCAUUCAGAGCCAUCUUGUCGUCACUCCUGAUGUUUCCGUUGCUGAAGCCAAGUUGCUGGAGACGGCCGGUUUGGGCAAGUUCUACAAUUCUCUCAAGACGCCCAAGGAGAAGGAUGACUUCAAAGCCCACCUGCGACGAUACAUGUCGAUCUACUUGCCCGAUUGUCCAAUUGAGGUGAAUGCGACGAACCGCUACACCAUCGCCACCUAUGAAGCGAGCAUCACGGCACGGCAGUUCAUCAAGCGCAGCCAAACCAUCAAGUACUUGACGGGCACCCAGGUCAUGGUUACACCAGAGGAGGAGGCUAAACUAGCUUUGGCGAACAAGGACUUCAGCCUCGUAGUCAGCAGCCGCAACAAGAUGACCGGUUUAUUCAUGGGGCCUGCGAGGCUCGUCAACCACGAUUGUAACGCCAAUGCUAGGCUAGUCACACGUGGUCAGGCUGGAAUCGAGAUCGUUGCGUGCAGGGACAUCGCGGUUGGCGAAGAAGUCACGAUCACGUACAGUGAAAACUAUUUCGGGGAAAACAACUGCGAAUGUCUCUGUCAGACGUGCGAGAGGAACUUGGCGAACGGUUGGAGACCUCAGGAUGGUGGUGUCUCCGUCAAGACAAGCGUGGAGGAUUACCUGACAGGCCCUCCUGCACAGGGUUACUCAUUGCGCCGUCGGAGGCGGGACGAGAGCCUCAGCUGCGCCGAGUCUCGCAGCUCGUCGAUUACUCCGGAGAUCCGUCCUCGGAUCCUAAAAAGUCGGCGGAGCCAGAGAAUGCCCGGAGAUCGUGUGUCACCAGCCGAUUCCAUCGACCCGGAUCGACCGGAUAUGUCCGUCAUGUUUGGGAAGCAUACUAGGCCCGGGGACCGGCCGGAGACUCCCCCAUACACGCCGGCCAAACGGCGCAAGACAGAACAUUACGGAAUUCUGCCCAUUCCCUUGUCAACCGACACCUCGAGCGCAAGUUCGGGGACAGAGCUUACUCCAGUUUCCCUAUCGUCCGAGGGUGACAGCGGGGAGUUCACCGAGGCGACAUCUCCAGGAUCAGAGGAACCGAGAAUGCCUGCUAAUAUCUUAUCGCCCUCUCUUUCGCCCGUUAAGCAGAAAGUGGAGACACCUGUUCGGCCGGAUGAUCAGCGAUUGCCUGAGCCCGUCGAGGUUAAUUCUGCCGAGGGAAGCGACGCUCGGACAGUUCUUCCGACAACGGAGCUCGUCGAUCCUCUGGACACUGCAGCCCAUGAAAUACUCGCUGCCACGGCAAAUGUAGCAGACGCUGGACCGGCAGCAUUGACCCCGCCAGCCUCUUCGCAGCCCGAGCAGCUGCAAACCAUCGGGGGCGAAACGAAGAACAAUUCGGAAUUGGUGGCUCGAGCUAACCAGAAGCGCCGGGCUUACAAUCAGCCGACCGUCGAGCCUUCGCGGAGACAACGAGUUCCAGGGGACUACACGCUCACCCCACUGCUCCUCUCCGAGCCAGAGAUGGCCUGGAUCCAUUGCACCAACUGCAACAGCGCGUUCGUGCAGGAAAAUGCCUAUCGCACCAAAGCCAACUGCGCUCGCUGUGAGCGUCAUUCCAAGUUGUACGGCUACGUCUGGCCCAAGACAGCUCCCGUCGGCAAGGGCGAUAAGGAAGAGCGGGUGCUUGAUCACCGAACUGUGAAUCGCUUUCUGGAUGCCGAGGAGGAAGCCAGGGUGCGUGGCCGGAAGUUCUGGAAGCAGCGACUGGGUCACAAUGAGACAACACAGAGCGAAGAAUCCAGCUCGGAGAAUCGGCCAAAGGAACGGGGUCGGCCCAGAGUACGGGACGGAUCGAAAUCAGCGACAAAGGCCGAGAGUUGCAGCACCGCAGUGGCGGGGCUCCCUGGGUAAGCGGUGGCGCUCAGGAAGGGUCACCAAAAACCUAAUCCCAGGAGAAGAAAUGCGGUUCAAGGGCGCCAUGGGUUGAUACAUGUAAAACAGAUUC